AUGGAAGUUUUCCACAAAUCUAAAGUUCUGUGUGUGACUGAUUAUCCAUACUGCAGUAUGUCAAGGCCACAGCAGGUCCAAUUCAGAGAAUUCUUUGACAGAUUUGUGCAGAUGGAGAAGGAAGAGGACUUACACAGAGAAAUGAUAGAGAUGGAACUUCGCCAGUGGCAGAAGCAAUGCAUGGAAGAGUUAGAGAAGCAGGAUGACCGUAAAAUCCUCUGGAUUUACGAUGAUGUCAGGGAACUCUGGAAAGACCACACUGAAAACAAAGCCGAUAUUAAUUUAUGUGAUAAUGAUGGACAGAGUCCACUUUAUCGGGCAGCCUCCAAUGGAGAUACAAACAUUGUACAAUUACUCUUAGGAAACAAAGCCGAUGUUAAUUUAUGUGAUAAUGAUGGACGGAGUCCACUUUAUGGGGCUUUCUACAAUGGACACAAAGACAUUGUGCAAAUACUUUUAGAAAACAAAGUCGAUGUUAAUUUAUGA